CCCCGCUCUGCCGGGCCCAGCAGGAAGGAGGGCGCGAGCAGGCGGGCGGCGCGAGCGGAAAAGGCGCCCCGCGCGGGCGAGCGCAAAGAAAAAAAAAAAAAAAAAAAGGAAAGAAAGAAAACGAGCGAGCGAGCCAGAGGGGAGGGAGAGCGAGCGAGCGAGCGCGCGCGCGAAAACUCCGUCAGAUUCUGGGACCAGCUCUUGGAUUUCUAAGGAUCAGAAUUUGCUGAGCAUCCUCAUUGUUACCACUUUGGUUUCAGUUGUUAUUCAAGCUCAUUUGUCUGUUUUCUGUCUUCUGCCCUUGUCCUGUACCAUCUGUUGCUGAUACAGCAGGACUCCAGUAAUAGGGAUGAAACUCGGGGCCUUGAACAUACCAGAUCCUUGGAUGCCCACUGAACAGAAACUUGAAACCUCAGAUCAUCGUCCUAUCGUAGCAGAGCCUCAACCUUUCCUUGGCCUGGGGAGGAGCCAGCCCAUAUGCUGUGGAGAUGAACGGGGAGCAGCAGCUGGAUGCAGAUCCUGUGCCUGGUGUAGAAGUAGAAGAAUUCAGCUGGGAGGAUUAUCUAGACGAGACAGGCUCCACCACAGUUCCCUAUGCAUCGUUUAAACAUGUGGACAUACGUUUGCAAAAUGGCUUUGCUCCUGGGAUGAAGCUUGAGGUAGCUGUGAAAAAAGAUCCUGAAACUUACUGGGUUGCCACCAUCAUUACUGCCUGUGAGCAGUUACUCCUACUCCGUUAUGAAGGCUAUGGUGAAGACCGGAAAGCAGACUUCUGGUGUGAUAUCAGGAAAGCUGGCCUCUAUCCCCUUGGGUGGUGUGAGCAGAAUAAGAAGACCCUUGAAGUUCCAGAAGGCAUCCGACAUAAGGUGUCUGAUUGGGGUGCAUUUCUACAGCAGACCCUGAGAGGAGCCUGUGGUCCUCCUGUGUCUUUGCUAGAGGGCCUCCGUAAUGGAAGGAAUCCUUUAGAUCUCAUUGCUCCUGGGUCCAGACUAGAAUGCCAAGCUUUUCGAGACUCCUUAAGCACUUGGAUUGUUACUGUCGUGGAGAACAUCGGGGGACGGCUGAGGCUGCGCUAUGAAGGACUUGGAAGUUCUGACAAAUUUGAACACUGGUUGUACUACUUAGAUCCGUUUCUUCAUCAUAUUGGUUGGGCUGCUCAGCAAGGAUAUGAACUUCAGCCCCCAUCAGAAAUUAGGCAUCUGAAAAAUGAAGCUGAUUGGCAAGAGAUUCUGGCCAAACUGAAAGAGGAGGAGGAAGAGCCAUUACCUUCUUAUUUAUUUAAGGAUAAGCAAGUUAUUGGAAGCCAUGAAUUUUCUGUAAAUAUGAAAUUGGAAGCUGUGGACCCAUGGUCUCCUUUUGGGAUUUCUCCUGCUACAAUUGCUAAGGUUUUUGAUGAUAAGUUCUUUCUGGUGGAAAUGGAUGAUCUUCGAUCAGAAGACCAUACAAGGCGGUCAUUUGUGUGCCAUGCUAACAGUCCUGGUAUCUUUCCUGUGCAGUGGAGUCUAAAGAAUGGUUUACACAUCAACCCUCCUCCAGGCUUCCGGAGCCAGGACUUUGACUGGGCUGACUACCUCAAACAGUGUGGUGCUGAAGCUGCCCCCCAGAAGUGCUUCCCUCCGUCAAUUUCUGAUCACCAGUUUAAGAAGAACAUGAAACUGGAGGCCGUGAACCCUCUCCUCCCUGAAGAAGUGUGUAUUGCCACCAUCACUGCAGUGAGAGGCUCCUACCUUUGGCUCCAGCUGGACGGUUCUAAGAAACCUAUACCUGAAUUUAUUGUAAGUGUGGAGUCGAUGGAUAUAUUUCCUUUGGGCUGGUGUGAAACCAAUGGUCAUCCUCUCAGUACUCCUCGCCGGGCACGAGUGCAUAAACAGCGGAAAAUUGCAGUGGUUCAACCAGAAAAACAAAUACUCUCUUCAAGAACUGUCCAUGAGGGCCUGAAGAAUCAGCUGAACUCCACACACUCAGUGAUGAUCAAUGGCAAAUAUUGUUGUCCAAAGAUAUACUUCAACCACCGGUGCUUCUCAGGGCCGUAUCUUAACAAAGGAAGAAUUGCUGAGCUGCCGCAGUGUGUAGGACCUGGGAACUGUGUUCUGGUACUUAGAGAGGUCCUCACUUUACUUAUAAAUGCAGCCUACAAACCCAGUCGUGUCCUUCGUGAGCUCCAGCUGGACAAAGAUUCUGUGUGGCAUGGAUGUGGGGAAGUCCUAAAAGCCAAAUAUAAAGGGAAGAGUUAUCGAGCUACUGUUGAGAUAGUGAAGACAGCAGAUCGAGUGCCUGAGUUCUGCCGACAAACAUGUAUCAAAUUGGAAUGUUGUCCUAACCUUUUUGGUCCACGGAUGGUUCUGGAUACAUGUUCUGAGAACUGCUCUGUUCUUACAAAGACUAAAUACACACACUAUUAUGGAAAGAAGAAAAAUAAAAGAAUUGGGAGGCCACCUGGUGGUCAUAGUAAUUUAGCUUGUGCCCUGAAAAAAGCCAGUAAGAAGAGGAAAAGGCGGAAAAAUAUUUUUGUUCAUAAGAAGAAACGGGCUUCUACAUCUGUUGACAAUACCCCAGUGGGCUCACCCCAGGGAAGUGGGGGAGAAGAUGAGGAUGAUGCAGAUGAUGGAGACGAUGAGUCCUUAAGUGAGGGCAGCACAUCUGAACAACAGGAUGAGUUACAGGAAGAAUCCGAAACGUCAGAAAAAAAAUCAAGCUCAUCUUCUCCCACCCAGAGUGAGAUGUCCGCCCCACUGCCCCCAGACACACAGACAAGUAAAAAAGAACCCAACACUCUUUCAUUCUCAGAUGAUGAAAAUAAGCCUCCUUCACCAAAGGAAAUAAGGAUUGAAGUUGACGAAAGGCUCCACCUGGACAGUAACCCACUGAAGUGGAGUGUGGCAGAUGUCGUGCGGUUCAUCAGAACCACUGACUGUGCGCCACUGGCAAGAAUAUUCCUGGACCAGGAAAUUGAUGGGCAGGCCCUUUUGCUCCUUACCCUUCCUACCGUUCAAGAGUGCAUGGACUUGAAGUUGGGCCCUGCCAUCAAGCUUUGCCAUCACAUAGAGAGGAUCAAGUUUGCUUUUUAUGAGCAGUUUGCCAACUGAGGACAAGCAGGGGGAGCUGGGUCUUUGAAGCACAGUUCAGUAAACCGUUUGCCCUGCUCUCCAGGUGGCUACAGUCGUCUUGGGGCUGUGGGUCCUGCAAAUGUUGGCUAGCUUUCUUUGCACUUUCAGGGAAGGAGGACAUGCACUGAGGAAGCACAAACAGCACAAAAAUGGCUCUCCUGCAGUGGAAAUACGACUUCUGCUCGGAAGAUUGCAGUUUCCAAAAGUUGUGAGAAAACAACCUUAAAACUGUGGAUUCCCAUGAAUGGAAAAACAGAGUGAUCUGGACAGCACCUGUUUGGUUCUCUCCAUUCUGUCCCUUCCCACUGUAGACUGAACUUUGUUCUUGAAGAGAGAGGACACAGCUUUAAGUCAGCACUGACUUGGGACUGUGCCUAAGGCACAUCAGUGCUUCAUUGUCAUUGUGUUUUUAAGCUUUUUUUUUUUUUUAAAUUAAAGCAGUUCAUUUUGGGGAUAAUUAUACGGCUCUAGGGUUUUGAAUGUAUAGUUACACGCUGAUCCAUUUUAAAAUCUAUUCGUAGGAGUUUCUUUGUUUACUACCUCUGUUGAUGACUGCGCUUACAGCCAUGAGUGACAUUUUUUGUAUGAUGCCAUUUUUAAGCUGAAGGCUGAAACUAUGACAGAAGUUAGAGAAGGCCCUGUCUGCUUUCUUAACGAUACCACGUGGCACUUACACUAGUCCCUUAACCAAUUUCUCCUCAGAAUUCUACUGUUACGUCCAUCUUUACCCAGUUUUGGCCACCAUUGUUAAGCGGCCUCACAAAGACUAAUGUCUGGUGUUUCAGUUUUGAAAGAUACUUAAGUGGCUUUUAUUUAUGUUUAUUUUUCUCUAGAGUUGUUUGACUACCUCUGUUUCACCUCUGGAGUCUCUGCUCUCAGUGACAAUCAGUGGUGUCCUUUGGCUCCACUGUAAAGCCCGUUUUCCCGGUCUUCUAGGUGUGCCCCGGAAGAAGCACAGGAGAGAAACUCUGGCUUUUGGCUGGCACAAAGUAUGGAGUGUCUUAGUAGCGUCCUUGGUUAUAAGUAUUGAGGAGUCUGUGACAGCGCCACCCCAAAUGUCCCAGAUCUUGCUUCAUCUGGAAAGCCAAUCAGAGCUGGUUGGUACUUGGAUGGGAGAGGUAGUGGAGGAGUCUGGACCUCUGUAGCCAUGCUUAUACCUGUCUCCAGUCACACCAGUUUAAAUUGAAUGUAAUUUACAUUCUGAGAAAUCCCAUUCAGUAGCUCAGUCUUUGAAUUUUUUUUUUCAAUUAAACUCAAGUUGACAUGAAAUUCCAGGUGAAUUUUCACUUUUAAUGACAUUGUUAGCUAUUAUAGAAAAUAGCACUUGCUAUGUUGUAGCCAUGAGUAAGGAAAGACAUACUGCACAGGUUGCCUCCUUUAAAUGUUUUCCUUGUUGAUUAUUUAUUUAUUUAUUUAUUUAUUUUUUGGUUACCUUGAUCUCUACAGAUUUAUACCCUAAGCAUUUUUUCCUCAAGAAUUGAAAAUGUUUUAAAAUUGCAAACCGAGUAAAUUCUGAACAACUAUACAAAUUGCAAAUAUAAGGUAAUAUUACAAAUUUAAAUUGUGAAUUUUUUUUUCUUUUCUCACUUCAACCCCCACUUGUUUUUAUGAACACUGGGAAAGUCUGUAGUCACGAUCCUGUUCUUCAUUGGAUAACUCUUGACCUGACAGCCAAGUCUUAAAACAGUGACUAUUCACAUCGUCACCAUCAGGCAUAUCUGGAAGAAGCUUCAUCUAAGUAACAGCUCAUUGUCUGAGCUCACUUAGAAAUCCAGCUUUUAAAAAAUAACUGGAGUUUUCAUGCCGCUGGAGAGAAACAUACUUGAUAGUAGUAAACAACUGGUAUUGGCAGGCUGAUUUGGGGUGGCUGUCUUCAUAGAAUUUUCCAAGACCUCAGCAGUUAAGUCAAUACAAGAGGGGGUCUCAUGAGGACCUAAACGUAUACCUGUAGAAUUUCACAUCGCUGUAGUAAAAGGAGGGUGACAGCAAUGACUGUGCCAUUAUGUCGUUCUUGAACUCAAAGAUCACGGAAUGUAGAAUGAUCAGAGAUGACAGGCCCUAAGUGGUCCCGAGUGGGGAGGGGGCACAAUGGUCUUGUUUUACUGUGCCAUCAUUAGUUUCUGCUUUCUCCUGUAGAAAGGCCAGUCAUAGUUAGGCGAAUGAGGAGAGCACACUUACUGGGAUACGGCAUACUCUUAUCUGCCCCAUCCUCCUCCCAGGUGUCACACAUAAGAGGAUUGUAUGAGAAUUCCGCACAAAACUUUUUUUUUUUUGUUUUUCUAGACAGGGUUUCUCUGUAGCUUUGGUGCCCGACCUGGAACUAGCUCUUGUAGACCAGGCUGGCCUCGAACUCCCAGAGAUCCGCCUGUCUCUGCCUCCCGAGUGCUGGGAUUAAAGGCGCGCCAAAAACUUUUUUUUUUUAUGAUAAAUUCAUUUUCCUUUAUUUAAAUUUUUAUACAUUUUAAUGAAUAUAGAAUGCAAGGUAUUUUUCACAUAGUCAAUAUGAUGAUCAAGCUUAGCACCGUUAGCAGUGAUUAUUACCCUGCUCUUAUCACACCAUCAUAGAAUCCAAUAUGUGAAAUUAUCAUGACACUGACUCCACAAAUAGCCCAUUAAAGAUAGAAAACUUUAGCCAAAAACUUUUUUAAAGUAUAAAAUCCUAAUCCCAGAUUGGGUAUGGUGAUACAUACCUCUAGUCCCAGCACUUGGGAAGUGGAAAUGAGGAUCAGAAGUUCACGAUCAUCCUCAGCUAUGUAGUGAGUUCUGGGCUAGCCUGGACUAUAUGGGACCCUGUUUUGUUCUGCUUUUGUUUUGUUUUAUUUUUGUUUUUUCCAUUUAACAAAGAUGCUAGGGUUAGGUUGGGUAGCAGUGAUGUUCAAAUAUGAUCAUUCUGAGAUUCUUAAGGUGGUAAUACCUUGCAUUGUUGGGGAAGGGGUUUGUAUUUUGGACAUUUGUAUGUGAAGUCUGUUUCUGAGAAAGCCAACCUCAUAAAUUUAUUAGAGGUGUGUUGUCUGGAGUUUCCCUGCACUUGUUCCCACAGCUUGCCUACUGUCAAGUUUUUUGUGAUCUAUGUUUAACCUGGGUUGACAAACUUACAAACACAUGGAAGGCCUCUUCUCCUCCUAGACCUGAGAAGUUAGCGGACUUAAACUAGACUUUACAGCUAUGCUGGUCUUUUUAGCCAACCGUUGACCUGUUCGUGCAGAUUGGCCCCAAUGUUUUGACUGUAUUUCCUGGGUUUCUUGUGACUGCUGUUUUCCUUUGUGAGCCACCUUCAUCCUUUUCAAGUAUAGGGAUGCAUUAAUGGGGCCUUUGAAUUCUAUCUUUAGCCUUUCUAUAGCAAUGUACUUGGUUCCCUGUGUUUAUAAUAGGGAUCCAGGAAGGGUAGUAGUCAACCUUUGGAAAGGAUGAUCUUGGUAGAUAUUUAUGAAUUAUGAUAGAGGCAGGCUAGAAAACCACCGAGUUUGGCCUUCGUGUGUCUCUUUUCCUAGAAGUAAAAUGUUUUUUUACUACAAGGGAAAGAGCAUUGGACCAAAGCUUCCUGAACACUUGAGUACAUUUUACGUGCCCUCUGGAGCUGAUUCAGUUACUAGCGUGAUGCCUGAAUACAGCUUAAGGCAGGUAGGGCUCACAACACCCCACCCCCUCAAGCCAGCACUGUUUCUAAGAGACACAGAACAUCAGGGAACCUAAAUGAAAGGUAACAGCAAUGUAAAAUCAUUGUAAAACCUGUCACUGAUACUUAUUGUUACUUGGUACCUCUCAGCAAAAACUUAGAUUGAAGAGAUUCUUUUCUGACUUCAUUGAUUAUUAGAAGUGCUGGUAGUCUUUGGACUGUGGAAACACAAUGAGUUCAAACUUGUCUUACAUACUGGGGAUAUUCCAUGUGUGUGCAGAUUCAUACAGGUCCCUAAGUAAUCUGUUUUAUCAGUAGGACAUAUGUUGUCCUUUUGAAGUGAGGAAGGCAAAUCACUAACAGAAGCUAAGUAGAAAACUUGAGCUAACAAGAUACUCCCUCUGUGAAUUUGGAUGUCUCCCGUCUUAGGACCUUUGUAAGUUGCUGUCUUGUGGCCAUGGCUUUGAUUAGAAACUCUGUAAGGGCAGAGCCUCCUGUACAACCAAGAAGUAAUGGUCACUUUCCCAGAGUUGGCUUUAUUCACUUUAAAUGUUUUACUUAUGAAUUUUGAUGAUUGCUUUGUAUGAGAAUAUAUGUACUUGGAGAGUUUGAAUUUAUCCGCAUAAGCUACCCAUUGACCUAGAGUUUUGUUGUAAGAAAUCUAAGCCCAAAGUCUAGUCCAAAUGGAUCUGGUUCCAGGUCCGUUCGUUCACUUGGGGAUUGUUUUCCUCAGUGCUUGUCUUCAGCCACACCGGUAGCUUUGCUCUGUGAGCAGCAUUAAGUUUGAGACAUAAGGUAAUGGUUAUUAAAUGCAGUGCAUGGUGAUUUUUUUCUUGCUGCAGUGUUUAAGAAGUCAAAAAUUCACAGGAACCUGAAGAAACAGGAAUGAAGGUUUGUCGGGAAGGUCGAAGACUCUGCUAGUGCUUUUUCUAACUAGUCUGGCGUGGCAUUCCGGCCUAGCCUACCACAGUGACGCAUUGUGAAAGGGAGACAGGCAGCAGAGUCACCAGACAGUUGUCACUACCAGCCAUAGAGUGCGGAGCUGAGCCGUGGGAAGAAGGGGGUGAGCUUGCUGACCGUGAAGCGGUGUCACCGUUGCUGAUGUGUGAGAGGGACUGUACUCAGGAUGUGUGGAGACUCAGGCCUAAGGGUUCCUGUAGGAUGACUUAUCUGCCUAACUGUGUCUAGCUUGGCAGAUUAGGGGCGGUCACAGAAUGUUGAAGGUUAUAGACUUUAAGGGCAGCUCAGAUCACAAAGCAGAUUGGUAGAGACGGAAGUCUACAAAGCUUGGGCAGUCUCUAGUCCGUUUGAAGUCUCUGGAGAAAACAGUUGGAAUGUUUGUCUGGAGAGUGCUCAUUUGCUUUUCCCUCACCUCCCUCUUUUUUUAGUUGAAUUUUCUCUAAUGACAAUCAGAGGCCUGCCAGGAUUGGGAUUCCAGGCUUGUUCCAGCUCUGUCCUUAGGCCUUUCCAGUACUCUCUCCUUGGAAGUAAUGCACCUUAUUUAAUGUAUUUUGCUUUAAAAAAAAAAAAUCAAGUUGCUUGUUUGGAACAAAAUGAGAUGCUUUUGGCAUUGUAUCCUACCUGCUUGCUGUUUUUACUCUUAAUUUAAAAUUUAUGCAUUGAAGACCAAGUACACUUAAGGAGAA